AUGGCCAACCCUGAUAAUCUUUCAAGUUUAGUCACACUCGAAGAUUAUAGCCUCAGCUCAAAAGAUGAAGUGGAUCUUGGAGGUAAUAAUUCACACCUGGUGACACAAAUUCAGAAUCAGCAAAUGAAGGUACCUUCAGAAUCACCUGCUGAAGCUAACAGACCCCAGCCUGCACUAGAGGGUACAAAGGUAGUGUUCUGCUGCCCUCCGGUCCAGGGCAGCCUUAUGUUGGUAACAUGGAUAAUAUUCCUCAGAAACAGGCUUCCCUGCACCAAAGUCUACAGGGAAGAUAGAAGAGAGACCAAAGAAGGAAACUGUUCUGACCCGAGAAUAACCUGGAUCUCCGGACGUGACCAGAACCCUGCCGUGCAGAUUGAUCCAGUGUCCCUCACUCACGAUGGGAAUUACACUUGUGAAUUGGUAACAGCUGAGGGGAAUUUCCGCUAUGGAUAUCACCUCCAGGUGUCAGUGCCCCCGAAGGUGAGCCUGGACCUGGGCAAGAACAGAACGACAGUCUGCAAGGCAGUCGCGGGGAAGCCGGCAGCACGGAUCUCCUGGACCCCAGGGGGAGACUGUGUCACUGAGGAAGAGCCGUGGGACAAUGACACUGUGACUGUCCAGAGUACGUGCCACUGGGCAGAAGGGGAUGUGUCUGCUGUGUACCGCUCUGUUUUCCAUUUGACUGGCAACAAGAGCCUGUCCAUAGAGCUUAGUCAAGUUCAGGAAAAGGCUUUUGAUUGCAAGAAAUGGAAAAUAGAGCUCUGGAUGAAUGAAAAAGGACACAAAUCAUCUUACACUAGAAGAUAUCCAGCUUUAACGGCUCGUCAACAGCUCCUGGAAGGCCCUGUGUUGAUUCCACUUCUCUGUUCUGCCAUCAUCUGCGUUGGUUUCAUCCUUGGUAGAUAG